ACCGUUGGAUGGCGCUGUACCACGUUCUUUCGAUUCGGUUCGGAGCCAAAAAGAUAUCUCCAUAUUGCUUUGGUGGUGUUUAGUGUUUAUAUUUCAAGAAAAAAUGGUUUGCAUUACUUGGACUUCAUCGUAGCUAACACUUCAACAUGUAAGACGAGUAUUGCAUCAGGAUUUUGUGGGAGGAUGAGUUGACUCAUUGUCAAGUUCCCCUGCAAGAUGGCAAAUAAUUGGAACCAACAGUGGCUCUCAGGAGGAGGCACACAAUCGUCGGGUCCUCUCAAUCAUGGUGCAGUGGGAUCCUCCUCCAACACUGCAGAUUAUAACAUGUAUGCUGGCGCCAAUGCUGCACCAGGGCCUGAUGGUAGUCAGGAGAACUGGCAGCAGUGGCAACAAUGGCAAACACAGUAUGCUCAAUGGCAGGCACAGUAUGGAGAAAAGUACCAGGCUGCUUUGGCUGCCGGGCUUGCUGUGCCUUCAGGUGGCUAUCCGGCAGCAGCUCCAUACGGGUCUGUGAAUGCUAAUGCUGCUGCAGCUGCUCAGCCGGUUGUACCACCCACACCUAUGAAUUCACAACAAUACAAUUCUGGUCAGAUGCAAGGUCCAUCUGGUAGCUCUCGCACUGAGGAGUCCUUAGGGAAAAGAGCCCAUUCAUCUGACAGACAGUCUCAAGGUCCUGACUUUGCCAAGAAAUCAAAAAAUAAUGCUGGCCAGGAGCAAAUGAAGGGUCCAGAUGUGAAAGAGGGCCUUUCAGAAAAUGAAAAGACCUUUGAUGAACAAUUUAAGCGUUGGGAGGAGCAGUUCCAGGCUUGGAAAAAGCAAAACCAAAAUCACCCCAACAAAGAACAGUACAAACAGUAUGAACAAAAGUGGUUUACUUGGAGAGAACAACUUAUUCAGCGUCGAGAAGUAAUGAGAAAGAAACGUGAACGCCAGGGUUCACAGACUGGUGCUGAUGGGCGGCCUGGCAGAAGUAAAAGCCCUGGAAAAACUCAAGGACAGUCAGCCAAGCCUCCCACCCAGCCACCUCCUCCAUCACAACCACUGCCGCCACUACCUCAGGGUCCACCCCCACCCCCACCAGAAGCACCGCCUAAGCUUCCUCCUGGCCCUCCGCCGCCGCCGCCAGAAGAUCUCAUGGACAAGCCCCUCCAGUUCAAGACGCCCGACACGGGGUAUUUCCCACAGCAGGCCGCCAAGAAGCCUCAGGGCGCCGGCAUUCCCGGACUGGACCUUGUGGGCAAGCAGGACGGAGGCAACGCGGCGCUGUUCGGCGCCGGGCCUCCCCUCCCCGUCAACGCGCCGCCCGGCUUCGCGUCGGCCGCGCCGUCCGCUGCGUCCGCCUACUCGCUGUUCAACUCGGCCGGCGUGGCGGGCGCUCUUCCAGGGUUCCCGUCGGCCUACCCCACGGACCCAGCCGCCGCGUGGAACCAAGGCUACGGCUACGGCGCGUACCCCGACUUGAACCAGAUGCCUGCCACCGGCCAGCCUGCUGACCAGCACAACCUCAACCACGGCUUCAACCAUGGCGGCUUCGACCACGCCCAGGGCGCCGACCCCUUCUCCCACGGCCACGGCGCCAACCACGGCGCCAACCACGGCGCCAACCACGGCCCAUCCGCCGCUGCGGGCGGCCCGUCUUCUCAGCACGGCUUCGAGCCGCCGUUCGGAGGCCGCGACGCCGGCAGACACGGCGGCCCCGAACCCUGGAAGUUCGACGAGCCCAGAAACGACUCGAAAUGGGGCCCGAAAGAGCCCAAGUGGGGCCCUCAGGACUCGCAACGAGGCCCUCAGGAUUCCAGGUGGGGCGCGCCACAGGACUCCAAGUGGGGUCCGUCUCAGGACUCGAAGCGGGGCCCUCAGGACUCGAAGCGAGGCCCGCAGGACUCGAAUGAUGCUUACGACCCGCUCAAGUUGCUCGCCGAGGCCAAGCGGAGAAUGUCAGCAGACCGCGGCGGUCCGGGUGGCGGCCCUGGUGGCGGUCCUGGUCGCGGUCCUGGUGGCGGUCCGGGCGACGGCCCACGAGGUGGGCCCGAUUUUGGAAACGACUUCCGGGGACCCGGCGGCGACAGGGAUGGACCAAGGAGAGGUCCUUUCGACAGGGAUUCGAGUCCGGGUGGCCCUGGCAUGCGCGGGCCGCGCGACGGGUUUGACAAGCCACCCCUUGGCCCUGGCCCUUCUGGACUUUCUGGCCCACCGGGUCCUCCUGGCCCUCCAGGCCCACCGGGCUUCCGAGGCGACGACAAGGGCCCGAGAGGACUCACCAAGAGGGACGACUCGCCGGGCUUCCGAGGAGGCUUUCCCGGCAACGACGACAAGAGAGGCCCCCUCGACGACAUGCGCCUUGGGGACGGCCCGAGGAAGGGCCCGCCGCCACUCAUGGGAGAAAACUUCAGGUUCAGAGAAGACUUCAGAGGACCGCUGGAUGACCUCAGAGGAUCGCCAAGUGACUUCAGAGGACCGCCGAAUGACUUCAGAGGACCGUCAAACGACUUCAGGGGACCGCCAAACGACUUCAGGGGACCUUUCGACAAGGGACCGGGUCCUUUCGGUGGACGGCCUGAUGACAGGGGUCCAGAUGGGCCUUUCAGAGGUCGCCCUGGUGACAAGGGUCCAGAAGGUCCUUUCAGGAGCCGUUCUGGUGACAGGGGUCCAGAUCCAUUCCUAGGCCCAGAAGGUCCGUUCAAAGGCCCUCCUGUUGACAGGGGUCUUGACGGCCCAUUCAGAGGCCGUUCUGGAGACAGGGGUCCAGAAGGCCCAUUUAAAGGACUGCCUGGUGACAAGGGUCCAGAUGGCCCAUUCAGAGGCCGUUCUGGCGACAGGACUUCGGCUGACGCAUUCAGAGGCCCAGGUGGCCCAGGUGAUUCAAAAGUUCCCGAUGGCCUGGGAGGCCCCUCAAUGGAUAAGUCGAAGAGACCCAUGGAUGACCUGCUGGCUGGUCCGAGCGGCUUCAAGGGUCCAGACGGAGCUAAAGGCGGGCCCGACAGAUUUGGUGGACCUAAAGACUUGCUGCGAGGACCUCUUGAUAACUUUGCUUCUCCCAGGAAUUCUCCCGGACUGCGUGAUCCGUUUGGCGGCCCGCCCAAGGACGGCAAAGACCCGACUCCUGGGCCCCUGAAAGGAUUGAAGGACGAGUUGCAAGGACCACGCGACCCGUUCAGAAGUCCUCGCGAUGAAAUGAGCAGCCCUCGAGACGACAUGCUGGGUCCAGGCGGCCCUGGUGGCCCUGGUGGCCCUGGCGGCCCUGGCGGUCCGGGGAUGAGAGGACCGGGGCCCCGAGACAAGGACGGGCCCGGUCUCAGAACGCCAGACGAUUUCCGCGGGCCUCCUGGCAGUUUCAGAGGUGAUUUCCGAGGACCAGAUGGUUUACGUGAACCCUUAGAUGGCUUACGAGGCCCUCCAGAUGACUUCCGCGGCCACCCUGAUGACUUCCGGGGCCAUCCAGACGACUUCCGGCGUCACCCAGAUGACUUCCGUGGCCAUCCAGGUGACUUCCGUGGCCAUCCAGAUGACUUCAGAGGCCACCCAGAUGACUUCCGUGGCCAUCCUGAUGACUUCAGAGGCCACCCAGAUGACUUCAGAGGCCCGCCCGAUUUCGGUGGUCCUCCUCGGGACUUCCGAGGACCUCCGGAUGACUUCAGAGGUCGACCACCUGGACUUCGCGAUCAUCCUGAUGACCUUCGCGGUCUACCACCCAACUUCCGCGGCCGACCGGAUGACUUCCGAGGACCAUUAGAUGACUUCCGCGGCCCGCUGGAUGACUUCCCGGGCCCACCAGACGGCUUUAGAGGUCCUCGCGACAACUUCAGGGGGCCGCCCGACGACCUCAUGGGGCCUCGCGAUGGAUUCCUUGGUCCCCGCAGGCCUCACGAUGACUUCAGAGGCCCGCGUGAUGGAUUCCCCCCUGAUGACUUCAGGGGUCACCCUGAUGACUUCCUGGGUCCAGAUAUGAGAGGGCCACCUGGAAUGAGAGGUCCUCCUGACAGGGACCGCAGAGGGCCCAUCCCAGACCUCAGAGAUAUGAUGGGACCGUUUGGCAAGCUUGAACCUGGACCACGUGAUCUACGAGAUAUGAGAGGACCUCUGUUUGACGAACGUGAUCCAGACUUUAGAGGCCCUCUGGGACGACCACCUGAUUUCAGAGGACCUCGCCCCUUUGAUGAUUUUGAGCAAGAAUUCAGAGGACCACCUGAUGAAUUUAGAGGUCCGCCAGAUAAAUUUAGAGGUCCUCCAGGUGAAUUUAGACAAGAUGACUUUAGAAGGCCACCUGGUGAUUUUUUAGCCAUACCACCCGAAUCUUUAAGAGGUCCUCGAGAUAGCUCGGGUGGUAAAUCGGAUGACUUUAGAGGACCUUUUGAUAACUCAAGGAAACCACAGGGGAGCCUCAUGGGUCCCAAUGAUGACAUGAGGCCUGAAGACAACCGGGGACCUGGAGGUAGGUUCCGCCCUGAUAAUCGUAAUAUGGAUUUUACUUCAGAUGAAUUUGAUGCAUCCGAAGAUGUGUUUAAGCCUGGCGGCCCUAGAAAAGACUUUAAUUUUGCUCCUAAAGACAACUUCAGAGGUUUUAAAGGUGGACCUGCAGAUAAAUUUAGGCCAGGUCCUCCCAAUUUAACAGGGCGACCAGGAGAUGACAUAGGACCUCCAGAAAAUUUCAGAGGAGGACCUCCAAAAAAUUUUAGGUGUGGGCCCAGAGGUAACUUUAGAGGUGAGCCUCAAAACAAUUUUAGAGAUGGGCCCAUGAAUAAUUUUAAUAAUGGACCCCAAGAUAACUUUGAAGAUGAAUACCUAGAUUAUGAAGAAGAUCCUCAAAAUCAAGAAAAUUAUGGUGCGGAAGCUUGGGAUGAACUGAGUGAUGAUCAUCAGGAUGAGUUUGAGGAGCCUGAACGUUUCCGCAAUCAGGAUGAUGACUUUGAAACUGAUAACCCUCCAAUUGAUUCUGAGGACUGUGAAGCACCUGACCAAAGUGGCGACACAGAGGAGAAAACUGCAAUCAUGAAUACUCCACGUAUCACUUUCCACAAGGGUGGUGUGGGCACCCAGCCAAAGAAUGAGCCAAAUUGCUCUCAAGAAAAUGAUGAAUCAAAAUCAGGCAGUGCACCAGACCGAGAUAAGAAGGGUGAAUCUUCAGAAAUUACAAGCAAGGAAAACCCCAGUACUUCAACGGAAUUGGACAAGUCUGCCGAUAAAUCUGAAGCUAAGAAGAGUGAUCAAGAUCCGAAGACAUCCACUCAAUCUGAACCUGUUAAAGAGGAGGCACAAGAAGGUAAGGAGAACUUCGCUUCGAAUACAGAACUCAACAGCAAUGAUAACUCAGACAAAUCACAAGACACUGGAAACAAAAGUGGUACAACUCCUACUCAAUCUUCUGAUGGUGCUGUAAAGCCAGAAGAAACAGACGAUGUCUCACUCGAUAGUUUCAAAGAACUUGAUGAAUCAAGUAUCGUUAGCAACUCUUCCAAAGACACACCCAACAGCAAUCCAUCUGUCGAAAGUAGUCGCCCCAGUCUGCUUGGAGAUGGCCCGCAAGCUACACACACAAACUCAAAUGCUUCAUCCCCUCUACACAUUUCACAAGCAUCUGAAAGCCCAAGUUUGUUGGGUCCUGGACCAAAACCAUCUCCAAAAUCUAGAGAAGGUUCGGUUGGUUUGCUGGGAGAUUCUCCAAGAAAGGGCCAAAGUCUACUCGGAUCUGGUCCAAGAGAAGGAUCUAGUAUACUUGGAUCAGGUCCUAGAGAUGUAGCCCAUUUUGGGCCAUCACCAAGUUCGAGAGAGAGACCUAAUUUUGGACCUGGAAAAAAUUCUAGGGAUGCGUUUAAGUUUGGAACUGGAUCAAAUCCCAGAGAUGGGCACAACUUUGGUGGAUCAAAAGAGCCAAAUAGUUUGCUGGGUGCUGGUCCAAGGGACAGCCCAAAUUUUGCAUGUAAUCCACGAGAAGGAAAUAGUUUGCUGGGGCUCAGUCCCCAUGAUGGAUCCGGCAUGUUGGCAGCUGGUUCAAGAGAGAACCAAGGUUUUCGAGGGAACAAACCUCCAGGUCUUCUUGGUUCGAAACCGAUGUCUGGACCAAGAGAUAGUGGAAGGUUACAUGGUAAUAGCCCCAGAGAGGGCUUGUUGGGGCAUGAACCAAAAGAGAACCCAAGCUUAUUGGGACAGGGUCCAAUGGAAAGCCCAAGUCUCCUUGGUCGAGGCCCUAAAGAGAGCCCUAACUUCUUGGGACAUAGACCUAAAAACAGUGCAACUCUCUUUGGAAAAGGGCCCCAAGAGAAAAGUUCCGGCCAUUUUGGAUCAGGUCCAAAAGAAGGCUCAAGCUUGCUUGGUGCUGGUCCUCGAGAAACUCCAAGCCUCCUUGGUGCAGGUCCAAGGGACAACCCCAACCUUUUGCGAUCUGGUCCCAAAGACAGUCCCAGCUUGCUAGGUCCUGGUCCUAGAGAUAAUAGAGACAGCCCAAGCUUACUGGGUGCAGGUCCACGAGACACACCGAGUUUGCUGGGACAUGGCCCUAGAGAGACACGACAAGGACCUCCACCCAGGGAAGCACUGCUGAAAACUCCAUCUGGUGGGCCUGAUACAAGAGGCGGUCAAUCUAAUAUGAAUGCAGCCAAUGGCCCUAUUCCUAAUAAACGCCCUUCUCCAGGACGGGGCCCUUUCCCAGCUUCAAGAGACGAAGGUGGUGACAAUCGAUCUGGAGGUCCAAUGAACCAUAACAAUAGAGGAAAUCAACCGAGAGGUCAGUUUGGGCCAAACGCACCAAGAGAAAAUUCAAGAUUACCAUUUGGCAAGGAGCCACCCCCAAUGUCCCAAGAUAUAAACAAUGAGAGAGAUCCAUCCAAGGACGAGCAAAAAUCAAAUACAGGCUUUUCAAAACCAGAUGGUCUCAAGGAAGAACCUAUGGGUCUGUUGGGGUCAAAACCUGGUUGUUCAGGUGGCACUCUGGACGCUAACGUUCGGGGGCCAGCUGGGUGGCAUGACCAACAGGAUCCUGUGCCACAGCAAGGACUUCUCGGACAGGGAGAUGGCAAAGGACCAGCGUUUGGCAAUCGUGAUGACAACAGAAGAGGCGAUUUCCUCGGGCCAAGAGAAUUAAGAGAUGAAGGACGUGGACCACCCAACUUUAGGGGACCACCAGGUGAGCGGGACGGCGCGGGGGGGCCACCUGGUCCGAGGGAUGACUUCCGGGGUCCGCCUGGUCAGAGAGAUGACUUCCGUGGCCCGCCCGGUCCGAGGGAUGACUUCCAUGGCCCCCCUGGACAGAGAGAUGACUUCCGUGGCCCGCCCGGUCCGAGGGAUGACUUCCGAGGUCCACCUGGUCAGAGAGAUGACUUCCGUGGUCCACCUGGUCCAAGAGAUGAUUUCCGGCCGCCCCUUGGUCAGAGAGAUGACUUCCGAGGUCCGCCUGGUCCGAGGGAUGACUUCCGUGGUCCACCUGGUCAGAGAGAUGACUUCCGUGGCCCGCCUGGUCCGAGGGAUGACUUCCGGGGUCCCCCUGGUCAGAGAGAUGACUUCCGAGGUCCGCCUGGUCCGAAGGAUGACUUCCGGGGCCCACCUGGUCAGAGAGAAGACUUCCGUGGCCCACCUGGUCAGAGAGAAGACUUCCGUGGUCCACCUGGCCAGAGAGAUGACUUCCGUGGCCCGCCUGGUCAGAGAGAUGACUUCCGGGGUCCGCCUGGUCAGAGAGAUGACUUCCGGGGCCCACCUGGACCGAGAGAUGACUUCCGGGGCCCACCUGGUCAGAGAGAAGACUUCCGAGGUCCACCUGGUUCGAGGGAUAACUACCGGGGCCCGCCAGGUCCGAGAGAUGAUUUUAAAGGACCCCCUGGUCCGAGAGAUGAUUUUAAAGGACCUCCUGGUUCGAGAGAUGAUUUCAAAGGACCGCCCGAUUCGAGAGACGAUUUUAAAGGACCGCCUGGUUUGCGAGAUGACCUCCGUGGCCCACCCGGUCCGAGAGAUAACUCUAAAGGGCCGCCUGGUGCGAGAGAUGAGUUCCGGGGCCCACCAGGUCCUAGAGAUGACUUCCGGGGCCCACCGGGCUCAAAAGAUGACUCCAAGGGUCCACCUGGUUCAAGUGAAGACAAGAAGGCCGCUCCUCCUCGAGAAGAACCUAAACCAUACAAGGACCGCUUCGGCAGGGACAUGCCUCGACCACCGCGACGGGAAUCGCCACCGGUCGACAAGGAGAAGGCCAAGGUGGACGACAAGCCCUACAAGUCCGGCCCUGAAGACAGCCGCAACCCCCGGCCCUUCGCCCCCAUCGAACGCGACUGGGGCCACCGAGGCUCUGACGGUGCACUGCCGGUGCGAAGCAGGCCCUGGGACGGCCCGGGUCUGGGUCGCCCCCUGGGCCCUCCCGAUGAAUUCAUCAUGCCGGCCACCGUCGUGGACUACGGCCACCGUCCUGCGGGGGGCUCCGUGGCGCCCAGCGCAGCAGCCACUGCUAGCAUCGCUAGCAUCAGCGCCCCUCCGAUCGCCGCGCCGCCGCCACCGCCGUCCCUGGAGCCGUUCGCCACGUUCGACUACGGCCACGGCGGCCACGCCUCCACGUCGCGGCCCAGCCCGCCGAGGAGCCCCACCUGGAGGGACCGGGAUCGCUGGGAGCGCGACCGUUUCCGGGAGCGCGACCGCAGCUGGGAGCGAGACCGGGAAGAUCGCUUUUUCCGGGACCGCGGCGACCGGCGCCGCUUCGAAGAUGACAGGUUUGGCGGCGACCGGUACGGUGACCGCUUCGGCGACCGGCCAAGGAAUGGCGUUGGCCCCAGUGGAGGCCCUGGAGGCCCUGGGGGGUCUGCAGGCCCUAGCGGCCCCGGCGCGCCUCGCUGGAGGGACCGCGAGCGGGAGAGAGAUCGCCGACGACAACCCUCGCCGUUGAUGGAGGCACCGCCACCACCCUCGGUGCCGAGCAAGGAGAGUCCUGGGCCGACUGUGCCCCCGCCCGUGCUCAUCGAGGACCUGCUGUGUCCGCCAGGACGCCUCAGCAGGCCCGCCAACCUGGUGGUGAUCCUGCGCGGCCCGCCCGGCUCCGGCAAGUCGUACCUCGCCAAGCUCAUCAAGGACAAGGAGGUGGAGCAGGGAGGCUCCACGCCCCGCAUGCUCAGUCUGGACGACUACUUCGUGUCGGAGGUGGAGAAGGAGGAGCGUGACCCAGAGACGGGCAGGAAGGUCAAGAACAAGGUGAUGGAGUAUGAAUAUGAAGCUGCCAUGGAAAAGAGUUAUCAAGACUCAUUAGUAAAGGCUUUCAAGAAAACAGUAAAUGAUGGCUACUUUAGUUUCCUUAUAGUCGAUGCCAUCAACAAUAAAUUGGCUCAUUUUGAAGAAAUGAUAAACUUUGCUAAAGCCAAAAGCUUCCAGGUUUAUAUUUGUGAAUUGGAUCGAGAUCUCCAAGCAUGUCUUAAACACAAUAUUCACAGCCGUAGUGAAAAAGAUAUUCAGGAUAUUAUUGAUAGCUGGGAAGAAACUCCUAGCCUUCUAUUGCGUACAGACCCAACUUCCAUGCUUCAGUCAGCUGCCAUUGAAGAUGUAGAAAUGAAAGAUGCGGAUGAUGAAGAAGAAGCCAAGGAUGAAGACAAGGAAGAAGCUAAUGAAGAUGACACGGGAGAAGACAAAAAGGAUGACGAAGAUGAGGCUGAAGUAGAGAAAAAUGUAUUUAUGAGCAAAUGGGAGCAAAUGGAGUCACAAGGAGAAACCAUGGACCGCCUGGAUGGUUUGGCGAAACGUAGAAAGGAUGGCACUCCUCAAACAAUGGAAGAUUGGCUGAACCUUCCAGAUGACUACGGUGAAAGAGAGGCCACCCCAGGCAAAAAGCAGGUACGCUGGGCAGAUUUGGAGGAACGUCGGAAACAAGAAAAAAUGAGAGCUAUAGGUUUUGUAGUGGGGCAGACUGAUUGGUCUCGCAUGACAGAUCCAACCUUUGGAGAAGGGGCACUGACCCACACAAAGUAUAUUUAAUCAAGUGCUUGAUCCUCUGGAGGCCGCAGUUGAGCUUUUUUUAUGUUGUUUAGUUUUAUCUUUUUGAUUCCGCAUUACAUUCUUAAAUUUAAUUUAGACGAACUAUUAUGAGCUAUUGUUCUCUUUGAUCACAUUGUUUUGUUUUUUUCUUUGUCUUGUUGGAAAUAAUAAUUUUCAAUCUGUAUGCUGCAACAUUUUGACUUUACACUGUCAGUUUGUUUUGCUCACUUUAUCACUGUGAGAAUGUUUGAUCAAAUUAAGUUGUUUUGCGACCUGCAGAGGGUCAUUUGUGAUUGCCAAUUAAUUUAAAUAAUUAAGUGUCUUUUGUGAUGUAAUUUUUGUUGUCUCUUUUACAAUUUUUGCACAUAAUGUGAUCUCCUUAUAAGUGAUGUGAGUGAUGUUAGAAUUCUUUCGUAAUUUCUCUCUCUUUCUGGUGACCACGUUAUGUGAGUAGCUCAAGCUCCAAUGAAGCUUUAAUUAUGUGACAGUAAUAUUUCUACUGAGCUGCUGAUCUUGUGGUAUUUGUAAAACUUGUCAGUGUCAUAAGUAACUUUUACAGUAAUUUCACCUCAGCAGACGAUAGUCAUUUCUGUAAAAUUGUGUGUUCUUAUUUCAUCUCACAUGUUCUUCAGAUUUGUUGUAUCAUUGGACCUUUGCAUAGGAAAUGUUUUUUAAGAAGUAAUUUCUUUAAACUUUCAUUAAGAAUAAAUGGAUAUUAAAACUGUGA